AUGGUUGCAUACAUCAAAAAUAACUUCUCUUUGUUUUUUAUUAUUGUUUUACUUCUUGUUGUUUCAUCAUAUGCAAGACUUAGUAUGAUGGUUACAAAAGGUGAGAUCGAGUCCAUUUGCAAUAAAAAAUAUGUCGAUUCUACACUCUGUUUUGAGGUUCUAAAACCAAACCCUACGAUUGCAAAGUUGGAUUUUACUGGUCUCGCCAACUUUUUGAUCAAUUAUACGUCUCGAAACGUUUCGGAUGUAUUAAAGGAAAUAAAGUUGUAUGAAGGCAACACGACGGAUUUGCAGACAAUCAAACUAUGCGAAGAGUUGUAUGACCUUUCUCUUUUUUCGGAUGAUCAUGCUCUGAAAGCUUUGGCAGCCAGGGAUUACGACAGCGUAAACUUUAAAGUCGGAGGUACAUUGGAAAAUAUGGUUACGUGCAAUGAGGAAUUGUCAACAAUGAAGCCGGUGCCACAAUCCUUGAUCGCAAAGAAUAACGUUAUAAAAAAUCUAUCUGGUAUUGUUUUAACGAUUCUGGAAUGUUUCAUAAGAAAAGGUAGUAGAUUAUGUAGUCAUUAG